CACAGACAGUCAGAGGUGGGACUCCGGGCUGCAGGACGCACCCUUAAGCGAUCCCUAUCUGGACCUUGUGGGGGUGGGUGGGUGGGGGGACACGGGCAACAGCAUGGACACCAAGCGCUGCUUCGCCAACCGCUUCGAUGACUACCAGGGCAGCCUGCUGGCGGGUCAGUGCGAGGAAGCGGUGGCGCCCUUGGUCACCGCCACCAUAGAGCGCAUCCUCCAGGAGCUGCCCCCACUUGGGGGCGGCGCUGAGGCCCGGGGGGCGACAGCUGCAGCGAGCAGCUGUCAGGGUGGGCUGUACAGCGGUGUAGCUGGGGUGGCCUACAUGCUGUACCACGUCUCUCAGAGCCCACUCUUCGCCUCAGCCCGCGAGCGCUACUUGCGCUCAGCCAAGCGCCUCAUAGACGCGUGCGCCCGCGCUGAGGAAUGGGGCGAACCGGACGCCGAUACUCGGGCUGCUUUUCUGCUCGGGGGUGCGGGCGUGUAUGCCGUAGCCACGCUCGUGUACCACGCCCUGGGCCGGUCUGACUAUGUGCAGCCCCUGGGCAAGUUCCGGGCUCUGUGUACCAUCUGCGCGCCAGUCUCCUUCCUGGAGUGCGGCUCGGACGAGCUCUUCGUGGGCCGGGCGGGUUACCUGUGUGCAGCGCUGGUGCUCAAGCAGAAACUCGCCCAGGAGGUGCUGACUCCAGUACAGAUCAAAUCAAUUUGCCAGGCAAUUCUGGACUCUGGGAAGCAGUAUGCUAUUAAGAAGAGGAAACCAUUCCCUCUGAUGUAUUCUUACUAUGGAACUGAAUACUUGGGGGCAGCUCAUGGACUGUCAUCCAUUCUCCAAAUGCUUCUUUCUUACCAUGAGCACCUCAAGCCUUCAGAUCGGGAGCUGGUGUGGCAGAGUGUGGACUUCCUCAUGGAACAGGAACAGAAUUGUAACUGGCCACCUGAGCUUGGCGAAACCAUUGAGAGAGAAAACGAGCUGGUCCACUGGUGCCAUGGAGCUCCAGGAAUUGCUUAUCUGUUUGCCAAAGCUUAUCUGGUUUCCAAGAAACCACAGUACCUGGACACAUGUAUCCGGUGUGGGGAGCUCACAUGGCAGAAGGGGCUGCUGAAGAAGGGGCCAGGGAUUUGUCACGGUGUAGCUGGCAGUGCCUAUGUUUUCCUGCUGCUGUAUCGGCUCACAGGAAACUCAAAAUACAUCUACAGAGCCCAAAGGUUUGCUCAAUUCUUAUUUACCGAGGAAUUCAAAGCUGGUUCACGGGUCCUUGAAAGCAUAUACAGCUUGUAUGAAGGCUUCUCCGGGACGGUGUGCUUUCUGAUUGAUCUGCUGCAGCCCAAUCAGGCUGAAUUUCCUCUGUUCAGUGUCUUUGUUUAAAAGGUUCCAUCCUCCAUUUGUGGCCCUGAGAUUUCCUGAGCCCCCAUUAGGCAGUUUCCAAAUAAGACACAUCCAAUGG